AUGAGCAGAAUCCCGAAAUCCCUCACCCUCCCGAGAGGAGCCCAAACGGUCAGCCCGGAGAAGGAGACGUGCACGUCCCCUCCGCCUCUUUCUCUGAGGCCGCGGCAGACGAAGCCUCGCCCCCUCUCAGCCCGUCCCCCACCCCCGCCCGCGAGCAGCUCCCCACCCCCGCGCAGGGAGAUCUCUGCUAUGGCCGCCGCCCGGCCCCCUCACUUCCGGUGCCGGUGCCGCUAG